AUGCUCUCCAAGUCUCUCCUCCUCCUCCUCGCCUCCGCGGCCUCUGUCCUCUCUGCCCCGGCAGCCUGUCCCGCGCCCAAGAGCGUCACUCCCACGCUCCCCUCCUCCGGCGGUGCCAAGGACCUCACCAACCCCCCCGAGGGCCUCAAGCUCCUCCACGUCGCCCUCGGCUUCGGCAUCCAGAACUACACCUGCACCACCCAGGGCCCCGGCGCCGCCAACGCCACCGGCGCCCUCGCCGUGCUCUACGACGCCCGCCCGCUCUACCCCCUCCAAGGCGCCCGCUCCCUCCCCUCCACCGCCUCCUUCGCCGCGCUCCCCGGCUCCGUCCUCGCCUCCCACCCCGUCCCGCUCAACCUCGACAACUUCCAGAGCCGCGCCGACCCCUCCCGCCCCGGCGCCUCCCUCACCUCCCCGUUUCCCACCCCCGCCGACCUCACCGUCGAGGGCGUGGCGGAGCCGCUACGGUACAUUGGCCACCACUUCUUCACCGACAAGGGCGUGCCGGCGUUCUUCGUGGACGAUGGCGAGAUUUUCUUGACGGCGAAGAAGGACGAGGCGGUGGACGCGCCGGCGGACGCCGACAAGGGCCCGGACGGGACGGGCGCGGUGGCGUGGUUGAAGUUGAGCGCGACCGAGGAGGCGAAGGGGCCGGCGAAGUUGGUGUACCGCGUGCUGACGGCGGGUGGAAACUCGCACGGCUGCGCGGCGGGAGUUGGUGAGGACAGCACCAGCUACACUGCUACCUACUGGUUCUACGGAUAA